AUGGCCACUGCGGUCCAAACACCACACUUGACCAUACCAGUAACAGGACCCUCCAUCGGGAUCUACCCGACGAGUCCACUCGCAAAGUUCCCACCGCCAGCGCCGACGCUCCGCAGGCCGCUCCGCGAGCGCUGCGGGUUCACUGCAGAACUCAGCCUGACGAUCAAGACAUCCUUCGGGCAGCAACAGGCAUGCGCGGGGCCGUGGUCGCCCAAGGGCCACAUCCAACCACACCGCAGCCACCUCCCGCGCAGGCGGAAGGCGCAGGUGAAGCGCCUUGUGCUGUACGACAACUUCCACGAUGACGACGAGCCCGAGCAAGCCCAGUCGGCGCCCACACCCGGGGCCUUCGUGCCGCCACUCAGACCCAACGAACCGUGCCUCCAGGAAGUCGUCCCCGGGCUUUUCGCCGCGUUCAAGACGGAAACAGCGCACGAAGGCUACACGCACGUCGUCGAUGUGUGCCACCCGCUGCCGGGGUACGAUGCAGGGGCCACUGAACAAGCCUACGAGGGGCGCGUGCACCGGCUGCGUCUCGUCCUCCCGGAGGCGUCGACAGAAGAGUCUGGGCGUGCUGGACUCGCGCUCACCGAGGCGCAGUUGCGCGCUGCGCGAGACUUCCUUGCGGAGACGCUCCCCUACGGUACCGCGUCGCAGUCGUCUGCCGCCACUCGUCCUGCAGCUACAGUGGGAGAUAAGCAGGGCGUGCGCAUCCUGAUCUCCACGCCCCCGCGGCGGCCGACGGACGCCAUGUCCAUCGUGGGCUGCUACCUCGCCUUCGCGUCAGGGAAGAGCGUCGACACCGCCCUCCGCUGCAUCGACGACGAGCCCGAGUUCUUGAGCGUCUGGAAGGGCGAGGUGUCGGAGGACGAGGUGGCGCGCAUCGAGCGCGUCGCCAGGAUGUGGUCGUGGCUGUCGCGCAUCAGGCGGUAG